GGCCUGUGACGCUGCUUGUACACGUAGCCUAGUAGGAUGUGUUCAUUGAAGAUGGUGGCUGUGUGUCAGACUCACUGUCCUGCACAUUUGUAAGAAUUUAUUUAUAUGUGUACACAUUUCCGACAUCUGGUUCGCCUGACUUCAGUCUCUUCAGUGACAUCUAGAGUGACCUGGUCUUCAGAGCUGUUAGCUGUGCAGCCAUGCAGUCCCCACCACGGACUGGCCCUCCAGGAGCUUCUGGCCCUUCUCCAUCUGGGCCCAAUAUGUUCCGCAGAACAAGGCCUUACAAGCAUACAGCAGCAGCUACUGCCACAGGCCCACCUGCUACUCAACCCAUGACAACCCCUUUCAUGUUUUCUAGAGCUCCUCCUCCUAUGGCUGCAGGUGGUCUCGGAACAAUACCGAACAGCAACCCUCCACCCAUGCAAGCCCCACCUAACACCAUGUACUCUCAGGCUGACACAGGGCUGCCUCCACAACCACAGACACUGGAGAAUAUCCCAGUGGCUCCGCUUGGUCCCGUACCACCCUCUUUGUCAGGGGUUACCCUAUUUAACCCUCACACUACACCAUCCCCUGGUGUUUUCCAACAACCAAGUCCCAUGGCAUAUGCACCUUCCCAGUCUGAACAGGGAUGUUUUAAUUCACGUGAACAGACAAAAUCAAUGGCCACAGAGCCACCACCUGUGGCCUCGGCACCAACACCUAGUAACACACCUUCUCAACCUGGGCUCUUCCAGCCUGUGCCUCCCAUCACCUCCUCUACUCAGUGGGUCCCUGAUCACGGAAGCCGGCCUCCAUCAGUUCAGAACUACUUCCAACCUACAAGUAACCCUACACUGCAGCCUUUUAACAUAUCUCCACAGACCCAGGUGUAUCCUUCCCACACACCAUCGCCCCAUCACAGCAACCCCAACCUUCCAACAGAACCUGGACAUGCCCAGAUUCAGGCUCCUCUUCCUCCCCAGAACCCUGUAAAAACCCCUAGUUCUCACUGGCCAGACCCAAAUGCACCUCAGCAACAUACUUUACAAACUCAGAGCUAUUUUAGUCAGAGCCCUGCCCCCCAGGACUCAUGGUUCAUCCCACCUCCACAGGACUCAAGCUACCAUCAAAUGAGGACUAGCUUGAGCCAUCCUCAGUCUCAGCCUGACUCAGCUGGAUCUCAGCAUCCGUCUAACACAGGUCCUGGGCCUAGUCCUGCCCCAGUCCCUUACCCCCAGGAUUCUGGUACACUAUCACUGUUCUUCAAAAACAGUGAUGUGGAAAAUGAGGAAACACUGGCUGAAGAGAGAAAUAAGGCAGUGAAUGGUAUCCCUGGAUCAUUUCAGCAUCACAGCAACCCACAAGCCCACAGUGGCCAUGGAGAUGUUCCUCUGGAUUAUCAAGGAGUUCCUCUUCAAGAUCAUUCACAUGUACCAUACAUUAAUGAUGGCAGUGAUGCAUCACAGGGAGGUAUCCAGAAGCUCUCUGAUUCCCAUUAUGAUCAUGUGGAGAAUUUGGAAUGUGUCCCAAACCAGGAAGUAUUGCCUAGUGAAACGCAUGGGGGCCCUCUUGCUACUGCAGCCCAUGCAUCCCAGUUUGAAACUGGGCCUAACCUGGAGACUCCAGAUUCUAUUCCAAGACCAAUGAGGUCUGCCAGUGUAUCAUCCAACUAUAGCAAUAUGAGCCAUGGAAGUGGAACUGGCACUCGUAGGCAGAAGGGAGUAGUAGGUACAUUUAUUCAGCAAGAAAGCCCUCAUCUCACUGAUGAUGUUAAUGUGUCGGCUACUCCUGGAGGCUACUUUGAGCAGAUUGACACUUCUCCAGCUGGAGAUUUGGGUGCACAAGAAAGUUCCCCAGAGCAGAUGUGGCCUCCCACAUCUAGCCCCCCCAAACCAACAGGUAUCUUUCAGGCUAGUGCUAACAGCUCUUUUGAACCUGUUCGUUCGCAUGGGGUUGGGGUGCGUCCACCUGAAGUUGACGUGGCUAAAAUUGUAGCAGAAGGGGGUGCAGAUUCUACACCUGGCAACCUGGAGCUGCCGCCCGAUAAUAUGGAAAAUAUUUAUGGCCCAAGCCACCCUUUGCCUGCUGGAGCUGGAGGUGGGGUACCUCAUCUGUCUCACCCGGUGGUUCAUUCUCACUCACGACCUUCAUCCCGUGCUUAUGGGCCCAGUCGGCCCUGUGAAAGCCCUGCUGCUACUCUGUGGGCUCAGAAUGAUGCUACUAGCUUGGGCUCUAAUAUCCUCCUAGCCCCUGCUGCCCCGACAGUUCUUGCCCCUCUGCGAAAGCCAAGUGCUGAUGUCAUCCAACCCCCAGAGGAUGGACCACUGGACCUCCAGCCCUACCAGAGAGUCCAACCAACUUCACAGCAGCAUUCAGAGAACUUAGAGAACCCACCAAACGUGAGUGAGGCAGAGCCAACUGAUUCUCAAGGCAACCUGGGAUAUGCAUCUCUCCUGGUAUCUGACUCACUCCACCAGUCUGUUUUGAUUGCCCCGCCUGUGUCAAAUUACAGUGUGAUUCCUCCCGAUAAUCUUGCUCAAGCAGUCAGUCAAAGUAGUCUUAAGGAAACUACCCCACCUCUGAAAUCACUCACACAGGGGCAGGGUACCAGUAGCUCCCAACCACCUUCAGUAACUCCUAAUCUGAAUCCACUGUUUUCCCCAGGACCAAUAAACUUGACUUCUUUAACCUCUAGCCAGGGUCCGCUCAAUCUGACUCGAGACAACACAGAGGCAUCAACAUCAGAAAUCAUAGCUCCACUGCAAUCUCAGCCAGUCCUCCCUCCUCUUUCAAGGGGCCAGUCAUCGGGUGGAGACAGCCACUCUGCUCUCCAUGUUCAUCCACACACUUCUCUUGUGAUUACUCCUGUCUCUAAUCAUAAUCAUCCGUCCAAUUAUGAACUGCUUGAUUUUUGUAUGCACCAAUCACAAACCCAAAAUCAAGCAUUUGGUCAUCCCUCCUCUCUGCAUGAGUCUCCACAGUCUAGUAAUGGAUUUUACCUACAGGUCACCAAAGAUGCUCAGCAGGGGGUUAGAAUGGAAGGGAAGGCCCCAGUCCAGACGCCAGCCUCUUCAUCUACCCCACAUGUACAGUCACCACCCUCCCAAGCAGCUGCAAACACCCAGCCGCCACCAACCAAACCUCCUAAGACAUCAGAUUCUCAGGCGUUACUGCCGGCAAAAGGUGAUGCCCCUCCUGUUCCAGUGAGUGAAGGAGAACCGUCCUCUGGCCAGUAUCCAAUCCCAGCUCAGGGGCCUGCUGCAAGGAGUGCUCCUCCUGCUGUUCCUGUAGCAGCCUACCCUCCAGGGCCUGAAGGACCAGUACCUCCAGGAGGUUCCCAGCCAGCACCUGCACAGCCACCUCGACCUUCCUCUGUCGGCGGCCAGCAAGGCUACGGUCCUCCUCCUCCAGUGUCGGGGCAGAUGUAUAGUGGCUAUUAUGGUAAUUAUGGAGAAUACUACGAUAGCAGAGCACCUUAUCCUCCUGGCCAGUACCCACAACCACCUGGGGAUCCUAGAGCACAGCAAUAUUAUCAAGAUGCUCAAUACAGGAGCAGAACAGAUCCUUGGUAUGGCAGAUAUGAUGGGCAGGCCCCAGCUUAUCGUGAUCCAUACUACCAGUAUAGAGAGCCUCAGCCAGACCGACCCAGCUCCCAGGCUAGUCAGAGCUCUGACAGGCCCUCAUCCAGACAAGGCUAUCCUGAUGACUACCACAGAGCAAACCCAAGUGCUUAUAGUGAAUAUUAUCCAGAUUACACCAAGAACUACGAUUACAGAGGAUACCCCUAUGGACAAUAUGACCCACGAUACAGAGGAUACUAUGAUCAAUCCUACUGGUCUAAUUACGACAGCAGCUACAGAGGCAGAGACAACUAUUAUAAUCAACAAAUGUAUCCUGCCAGAAAGGACGGCUAUGAUGACCAGUGGCGGUACUAUCCUGGGUAUGAUCCCAGUUUUGAUGAUGAUUAUCAUCGACGUGAGGAAAUGUAUGGCGAUGAUUUCGACCGACGCAGCGUCCACAGUGAGCAGUCGGCCCACAGUGUGCACAGCUCUCACAGCCACCACAGCAGACGAAGCAGCUUCAGUUCACAUUCACAGCAGAGCCAGGCAUACAGGAGCCAGCCUGACUUGGUGUCAGCAGCUUAUGACAACACAGCACCUACUCUGGCUGUGGACUACUCUUAUGGGCAGUACCCAAACCCAGCUGAUGCUUCCCAAAACUACAGCCAGUACCUCUAUCCCUCAGAGUACACUGCAGACAGCACCUGGGUCGCACCUGAACAACCGCCCCCUCGUCCUGCAACCCCAGAGAAAUUCACCAUGCCCCACCGUUGUGCCCGGUUUGGACCUGGUGGUCAACUGGUCCAAGUUCUGCCCAAUCUACCUUCAGCUGGACAGCCUGCUCUCGUUGAUAUACAUAACAUAGAGACCAUGCUGCAGGAUACCACAGAUCAGGCAGAACUACGAGCCUUCCCUGGACCGCUUCUUAAAGAAGAGACCCAUAAGGUGGAUGUGAUAAAGUUUUCCCACAACAAAGCGCUGGAGUGUUCUCGUGACAACAAUCUCUUGGACAGGGACUCUGCCCGUUUGCUCUGGGACUUCAUUGUGCUGCUCUGUAGACAGAAUGGGACUGUGGUAGGCACGGACAUCGCUGACCUUUUGUUGAAAGAGCAUCGCUCUGUUUGGUUACCGGGCAAAAGUCCUAAUGAAGCCAACCUGAUUGAUUUUAACAAUGAACCACUGGCAAGAGCUGAGGAGGAGCCUGGAGCAGGACCACUCUCCCUCCUAUCUGACACCUUCAUGACGGUUCCAGAGAACAUUGGCAAGGAAACAGAGCGCUUCAGGGAGCUGCUGCUGUUUGGUCGCAAGAAGGAUGCACUAGAAGCAGCUAUGAAGGUAGGUCUCUGGGGCCACGCCUUGCUGUUGGCCAGUAAGAUGGACAACAGGACACACGCACGUGUCAUGACAAGGUUUGCCAACAGUUUGCCCAUCAAUGACCCUCUGCAAACAGUGUACCAGCUGAUGUCAGGAAGGAUGCCUGCAUCAGCCACUUGCUGCGGAGAGGAGAAGUGGGGUGAUUGGCGUCCUCACCUGGCCAUGGUGCUGUCUAACCUUACACACACCCUGGAUCUGGACACUCGCACAAUCACGACCAUGGGUGACACUCUUGCUUCCAAAGGGCUGAUUGAUGCUGCACACUUCUGCUAUUUGAUGGCUCAAGUUGGUCUGGGGGUUUUCACAAAGAAAAGCACCAAGAUGGUUCUGAUUGGCUCCAACCACAGUCUCCCCUUUUACCAAUUUGCAACCAAUGAAGCGAUUCAGAGGACUGAGGCCUAUGAGUAUGCUCAGUCUCUAGGCUCCCAGCCCUGCUUACUGCCCAAUUUCCAGGUAUUCAAGUUGAUCUAUGCAUGCCGCUUGGCUGAAGCAGGCCUGAGUGCUCAGGCCUUCCACUAUUGUGAAGUUAUCUCUCGGACUGUCCUCAUGCAGCCCUCCUACUUCUCUCCUGUUUUCAUUAGCCAAAUCAUACAGAUAUCGGAAAAGCUGCGGUUCUUUGAUCCUCAACUGAAGGAGAAACCUGAGCAGGAGCUGUUCAAUGAGCCAGAAUGGCUGAUUCACCUCAGACAGCUGGAUGGACAGAUCAGGACAGGGGUGAUUACGUAUAAUACAAACAGAACAACUCCUACACAGUUUGACUGUAGCACCCCCAGCUCUGACUUGGACCAGCCCAGUCCACCUGAACCUUACAGCAUGCCGCUGGAGGUGGAUGGCCCCACCCCUGACAACCCACUAAUGAGCUCAUUACUGCCCGGGCCUCCACCACAGGGAGUACAGCUGAUGCCUCCAGCUCCCACCUCCAUCCUCCAAGAUGGGAUGGGCCCACAUCAGCCUUUACCCCACAGUGAUGUGUUCCGGUUCUACCCAGUACCCCCAACUGGGCCACCAGGCCAGAUCCCCAUCUCAGGCUACCCUCCACAGGAUCCUGGCUUUGCACCUCCUCCCUUCCAGCCUCAACUUGAGCAGUCAGGCAUUUAUCCAGGAGCCCAUCAGCAGCCACAUCCCCCACCUCUUCAAGUGGGCCAAAUGUCACCACAUAUGCCCCCUCAGGUGCAGCAUUCACCUGUGCAGAUGAACCACCCGUCAGCCCAGACACCUACACACAUGCCCCCUUCUCCUGGGCAUAUGCCGUCUGUAGACCAGUCGCUCCAGGGCCCACCAGACAUGCAGACAGGUCAGCCCAUAUCAUCCUCCCCACGCAGAAGCUCCCUCACACCUCAGAUGGAUUUCUAUGACCGCAUGGCUCACAUGGGAUCUGGGAGGAGAUCUAGGACUACUUCACAAUCUUCAAUUCACAUGGAUCCAGGACGGCGAUCUCGCACCACCUCCGAGUCUUCCACUCACUCUGGAGGAAGAGAACGCAGUAACUCGGCCAUCAAGCAGGUCUCUCCACCUCCGCCUUCAAUUCCUGAACAACCCCACAAAGAAGAGGCCAAGAAAGUCAAGAAAGACUCCCCGAAAAAGAGCGGUGGUGGUGGCUGGCUGAACUGGCUCUAUAGGAAGGGGAGAAAUGAGGCUCACUUGCCAGAUGACAAAAACAAAUCAAUUGUGUGGGAUGAACAGAAACAGAGAUGGGUCGACUUGAACGAGCCUGAAGAGGAGAGUAAGCCCCCUCCACCGCCUCCCUCUGGCUUCCCCAAGAUGACUCAGAUGCCUGGUUCCGGAGGGCCUGCUGCACCCCCGAGUGCUGGUCCUCCUGUCAACAUGUUUUCCAGGAAAGCAGGCACAAAGAGCAGAUAUGUGGAUGUUCUGAACCCCAGUAGAGCAGCUAAACCAGGCGGACUACCCCCUGCUCCCAUGGACAUCUUUGCUCCUCUGGCACCAAUGCCCAUGCCUGCUAACCUGUUUGUGCCUAGUUCAGCUCCUGACAAUCAGCAGCCUCUGGAGGGCAGCGAAGGAGGAAAUCAGGAGCAGAAUUCACCGAACACCAUCACUGCACCACAGGUAUCGAUGUUCAACCCCACAUUGUUACCACCUGCUCCAGAGGGUCCUCCUGUGCCUGAUGGCUCCCAGUCCAGCGAGCUCUCACGUUCUAGCUCAAUGAGUUCUUUAUCACGUGAAGUGAGUCAGCAUUUAAACCAGAGUCAUCCUGCACAGGGAGCUGCACCCACAGGAGGCAUCACCUUUUAUAACCCUGCACAGUUUGCACAGACAAGUGCGCCAUCAGGAGGGGGUCUCCGCUCUGGUCGUUUGGGCGGUCAGCGCCAGUACCCAGUGAUGAAGUAAUCAUCAUCCUGCAGAGAGACUGUGUAAACAGACUUGUUGGAUAGAUUGAUAUCCUACCAGGAAGUAAAUGAAGCACAUGUUCAUACUGCUCUCUGUCGUAAGGACCCUUCUUUUUGCUUAAAUCUAAGAAGAGCAUAAUCGGUCUCCCUCGUGUCCAUCUUUGUCAGACAACUUAACCACUCUGUGAUCUUUUUCUUUAGUUCAACAGUUGUCACUGGUUUUAACAGGCAUGAUGUUUCUUUGAAGGGCUUAGUCUUGCAUCCAAAACAGAAAGCAGACAGUUAAAUGAUGGAUUUUAACACAUGGAAAAGCAUAUCCAUGGAUCCAUUCACACACAUCCUGUAUGAUAAUGUAGGUAUAAUUUAGUGUACAAUAAAUAUGUUGCUCCUCAAUGCCAGCUUUUCUUCAAAUGCUGCCCUGUUAACACUAUGAUCAACCCAGGUCUUGUUGUAGGUUUCCCUUUCUGUCUGAAGUCCAGAUGUCCAUGUUUGACUGUAUGUGUGAUGGCUAGAAUGAAAGUGGUGCCUUUUAAUUUUAUGUUCUUAUAAUGGGCUUGUACGUGCAUUUGUAGCUAUUCUGUGUUCUGUCAACUGGAGGCAGCGUUUUGUGUGAGAAGUAGCACAUUGUCUGCUGUGUUUGCUUUUUUUGUUGCCCUCCAGAAAAGGAAGGAUGCUGGACAACACAGGAAAGAGACUCGUAAUUUCUUCACAACUUAAGAGUUGGAAGAAGUCUGCAGUGUUGGGAUGCUGCUCUUUCCAGAUAUUUAUUUAAAUGUCCUGCUGCCCGUCAGCAACUCUUCACUUUAAAGAUACAUCAGGGGCUUUUGUCCAACUUAGGUUUCAAUUUCUCCUCCUU